GUUGACAGCCAGUAAUGCCAUAUUUGGCUCAUGCCGACCUGACAUUGCCGGCUGUCAAGGUGACCGAGGACGACGAGGAUGAGCUGCGAGCGAGGCUCUCCAUUCUGGUGGGUGAAGGCCCGCCACCGAUCGGCAGCGACGAUGAGUCGGAGGAGCAGGCAGCUGUUUGCUUCCCCAGUGGUCCCAGCAUCAGCACUUGUGCAAGCAGACGCGAGGAGGCAGCUCCGGUGUCUGUUUGCGAGACAGCGCUUCCGCCUUUGGCAGCGUUGUCGCCGCGCUCGAAGCUGUGGGAAGAGCUGAGGGUUGCCAAAGAAGACGAGCGUCGCCUUCGGGCUGCUUAUGAGGCGGAGGUGGCGCGGGGCGCGGACUUGCGUGCCUCGCUGGAAGUGCAGG